AUGUCACUGCAGAGUGGCAAGAUGGAAAACGCUACUAUUUUGCUGGAGUCUAAAACUUUGCCUGCCAGCCUGCUGAAUGAAAUGUAUCAACUGCGGCUUCUCGGACACUUCUGCGAUGCUACGGUGAAAGUGGAGCACGACGGAAAUAGAGUGGAAUUUGUCGCUCACAAGUCUGUUCUGGCAGCUUCGAGUAAAUAUUUCAAGGAAGUGUUUAUUAAAGAAAAUGUAUUGGAUGGCUCCGGUGCUUGUGUAUUGCUCAGUGACAUACAUGCUGUAGACUUUGCAUCGUUUCUUGAGUUUAUAUAUACAGCAAAGGUUGAGGUGGAGGAAGACAGAGUACAGCGGAUGAUAGAUGUUGCCGAAAAACUUAAGUGUGAGGAACUGGAAGACGUCUGCUUCCAAAUUAAAAAGCAAAUGCUAGAAUCCGUGUGGCUGGAUCUACAAAAUUUCUCAGAGGCGCAAGAAACAGAAGACAUAAGUGCAUUGCAUAUGCAUUCUCUGUCUGAUAUCCAGUCCGCUUCUGAAGAGGAUGCACAAACUGCAAACGCCACCAUGUUUCCUGAUACCUCUGAUGGAAAAAGAGCACAAGAGACGCUCCCUAUUGAAUCCGCUACAAACUCUGAAGACAAUUCAGAAACUGUGAAAGAGACCCCGAAACUCUCAAAUGCAAAAUCUAAAAGAUCUAGUGGGCGCUUAGCUGGAAAAAAGGCUGUGGUUGAAAUUCCAAAGAAGAAAUACACGAGGAAAUUGAGAGAGGAGCAGGACAAUGCAGAGACUUGUAUGGUGGGUGAUGGCGCAUCCGUAGAACAAAAUACACACCGCGAGGAAAUGAGCGAUGAGCAGACUGAGGAUAGUAUUAAGGCUGAAGACGAUGACAGCCGUUGUGAUUUAAAAGAGAGCUGUAAAAAAAACAGCAAGGAUAACACUUGCCCCAUCUAUGACAAAAUGUAUUUAGAUGAAAAUGGUUACUUACUGCACUCCAAAAAGGCUGACACGGAUUCUGAAGAAGUUGUAUAUAAAUGUGAAAUUUGCUUGCAGACCUUUGCGAAUCGGUGUAAUUUGAAAAGUCACCAGCGUCAUGUUCAUAGCAAUGAACGUCGCUUUCCAUGUGAGCUCUGUGGGAAAAAGUUUAAAAGGAAAAAAGACAUCAAAAGACACAUACUACAGGUCCACGAGGGUGGGGGUGAGAGGCAUUUCUGCCAACAAUGUGGUAAGGGUCUAAGCUCCAAAACUGCUUUGAGACUUCAUGAGAGGACGCAUACAGGUGACAAACCUUACGGAUGUACGCAGUGCGAUGCCAAAUUUUCUCAGACCUCAGCACUUAAAACACAUAUGAGAAUUCACACUGGUGAGAAGCCGUUCGUCUGUGAUGUAUGUGGAGUCAAAUUUACACAGAACCACAUGCUCAUCUACCAUAAAAGAUGUCACACGGGAGAGAGACCGUUCAUGUGUGAAACCUGUGGAAAGAGCUUUGCCUCCAAAGAAUACUUAAAACAUCAUAAUCGUAUUCACACUGGAUCCAAGCCGUUCAAAUGUGACAUCUGCAUGAGAACAUUUGCACAGAGAAAUUCCCUUUACCAGCACAUUAAAGUCCACACUGGGGAACGUCCUUAUUGCUGUGAUCAGUGUGGGAAGCAGUUUACCCAGCUAAACGCCUUACAGCGUCACCAUCGCAUACACACGGGAGAAAAGCCAUUCAUGUGCAUCGCGUGUCACCGCACGUUUACCGAUAAAUCAACCCUGCGAAGGCAUACAACUAUACAUGACAAAAAUACCCCAUGGAAAUCAUUCCUUGUGGUUUUGGACUCUGCUUCUAAAGACGAUGCUUCCCAAAAGGCGGACAUUAUGGAGGACGAGUGUGACGAUUCACCUAAACCUACCGAAAAGUUGACUUACACAGAAAAUGGGCACUAUCAAAGCCUGACAGUGGUGCCAGCCACGGUGGAUAUUUUGCAUGAAAAUGGCAGUGCCUCGGUUCUAGGCUGCAAGGCAGACUGCUCGGCCAUACCUCAGGAAGUGUUUAUAGCCACCACGUUAAACCACCUAACGGUUCUUCAUACGCAGACUGAACCUAUUCAAGCCGUGGUGAACAUGGAAUAGCUUCAGUCUGCGCCUGUCCCUUGGCUUCAGCUCAGUCUAAUAUAAUGUAAUCUCAUAAAAUGAAAACAUGCAGGAUUUGUUUUUUUAUUAUUGUUAUUAAUUGGAAUUCCCUGUGUAAAUAAAUUGCAUUCCAAUUUGUUAAUAA